GGCCCAAGUUUGCCCAUACCUGAUGUAGACAAACACACGCACACCUUUUUGCGUGAUUUGCAAAGGAGAGAGGACUCGCUGCUCCUGAAGACCAUCAGAAGGAGAAAGCCGCUUUUCUCAGCCCAAGAAGGUUUCUCACUUAUAAGCUCAUCCCACGUCGAAGCCUAGGCGAAGGCAGCCAAGAGUCUCACUGUCGGACCCCACUGGAACUGUCCUGGCUCCAGGCUAGGGAAUAAUGUAUUGGGGAAAAAUGGCACCCAGUCUCUGGGCACACAUCCCUUUGGAAAUAAAUGGCAAUCCUAACCUUAUUGAAAAGGAAAAAAUGACGUCACAUCCAUUUGGCAAAUGUGGAUCUCCAUGAACAUGUGGAGAGUAGACCACCUUUCGAAAAACACUAGUCAAGAAAAAGCAUGUCAUUGUUAGAAGUCAACCCUUUGAGCAAGUGAUAUUCAUAAGCAUUCAUGUAAUGGCACACAGGUAACUCAGCUGUUAAAUUGAACAACCAUGUCUUUGAACUGCCAAAAACAAAGACAUGCCACUACAAAAAUAUAUUUGGUUAGCAAAAGGAUGGUUGGGUUGUUGGGCAUUUUCCAGGCUGGCCAUGUUCCAGAAGCAUUCUCUCCUGACGUUGCACCCACAUCUAUGGCAGGCAUCCUCAGAGGUUGUGAGGUAUAUUGAAAAACUAAGCAAGGGAGGGUUGUUGUAUGUUUUCCGGGCUGUAUGGCCAUGCUCUAGCCUUCGACAACACAUUAAGCAAGGGAGGUUUAUAUAUCUGUGGAAGGUCCAGGGUGGGAGAAAGGACUCUUGUCUGUUGGAGGCCAGUGUGAAUGUUGUAAUUAAUCACCCUGUUAACAUUAAUGGCCUUGCAAGCUUCAUUCCUGCCUGAGGAAAUCCUUUGUUGGGAGGUGUUAGCUGCCCCUGGUUGAUUCGUGCCUGUAAUUCCUCUGUAUUCAGAGUGUUGUUCUUUAUUUACUGUUCUGGUUUUAGAAUUUUUUUAAAUACUGGUAGCCAGAUUUUGUUCAUUUUCAUAAGGAUGGGUGUUUCUUUGCAGUUGUAACUGCCCAAAAGAUAUAAACUCCCUUGAAACCUCUUAAUUUAAAAUAUACACUGAGAUAAAAACAAUGUCCUCUUUGAAAAAUAAGGAGAUUCCACCUGAACAUUAGGAAGAACUUCCUAACUGUGGGUGCUGUUUGGCAGUGGAACUCUCUGCCCUGGAGUGUGGUGGAGGCUCCUUCUUUGGGGGCUUUUAAGCAGAGGCUGGAUGGCCAUCUGUCGGGGGUGCUUUGAAUGUAAUUUUCCUGCUUCUUGGCAGUGGGGUUGACUGAAUGGCCCGUGAGGUCUCUUCCAACUCUAUGAUUCUAUAACAUAUCUUGUUUACUCAUAAAAAAAAAUCUUGUAUUCACUAUACAGGCACAUUUCUUAUUAAAGUUCAGUUACAGAGAGGAUGUAGCUUCUCUGUGUUGAGUACACAGGGUAUCGUUCUUAAUAGUCUUUAAGUAUACUUGUCCAUAGUCUUUAAGUCUUGUGUACUCACUGAAGUCCAUAAGCCUACAUGCAUCCAUUAAAGUCUCUAAGCAGAUGCAUCCUACGUGCAUCCACCUCCACUGAGGUCCAGACACAUACGCCUGCUUUCAUUGAAGACCAAACAUAUGCUGGAUACUAGUUGGAGUCCUGAGUCUGAACAUGCUCAGUACAAUUACAUGUCUAUGGUCCCUCCCACACCAAAGAGGUACAGCCAAACUAGCAAAUCAACCUACACGUAGAAUACAGGUUACCAAAUCUAUACAUUAACAAAUGACUAGUGAGAGGCUUGGGAGGUUGCUAUUUCUAACAUAAUGGGAGACAUUUGACGCUUCACCAAAGUCCAAAUCCCACGAUUCCCUAGCAUGGAGUCAGGACAGUUAAACUAGUGUCAAGCUGCGUCCCUUGCACAGGAUAGAUGCUACCCUAAGCCCUGGACCAGCUCAAAUCUUGUUUGGGGGAGAAGGCUCUCUCUCCCCCAAAUGUGCAGCGAACCAGCCUUUUCAGGGCAAGAUGGGAGCCUGUGAAGAUUUCGGAGGCAAACUUUGGUUGGAAGACAGUCACUGACUGCCGGAAUUCGCUUCUCACGAAGAGUUGCCUGAGGGGUCCUUGGCGUUGGCGCUCACUGCCUGCGCAGCCCAGACUGACAGCAUCAGAGAACCAUGAAAAGAGUGGGAAGGGACCCCAGGGACCACCCAGUGUAACCCCAGUCCGCCAUGCAGGAACACACAAUCCAAGCAGUCCCGACAGAUGAACAUCCAGGCUGUGCUUUUAAAUACUUCCAGUGAAGGAGACUCCGCCGCACUCCCAGCCCUGCGAGGAGGUCCUUCCGGAACGAAGAGCGCCUUUCUCGCUCCCGACGGAGACAGGCGGAGCCAGCUUUUCCUUUGGCCGCCCGACUUGCAUCACAUCUAAGUUUAACUGCACUGAACUGCAUUGUAUAGCUGGAUCAACACUGCACUCUGCAUUCAGUUUCAGAACGUGAAUCAAUUGCCGUGAGCCGGAUUAUAGGGCAAUGUAGAGCCAGCCUACGAGUCUACACACUGGCCAUAUACUGCAGUGUAGAUGGCAUCGUACUCGAACUCUUUUGGUUCCAGUUUCUUUGCAGCGAGAAACGCGGGAUAUACAUGAAAAAUAUACACAAGCCGGGUUGCUGUGAGUUUUCCAGGCUGUAUGACCAUGUACCUGAAGCAUGAUUUCCUGACGUUUCGCCUGCAUCUAUGGCAGGCAUCUUCAGAGGUUGUGAGGUCUGUUGGAAACUACUAUAUAUCGGUGGAAGAUCCCGGAAGAGAGGAAAAAAAACUCUUUGUCUGUUUGAGGCAGGUGUAAAUGUUACACUUUGCCACCUUGAUUAGCAUGGAAAGGCCUUGCAGCUUCAAGGCCUAGCUGAUUCCUGCCUGGGGGAAUCCUUUGUUGGGAGGUGAUUGAGUCAUGCCAGGAAUUCCUGUUUCUCCUAACCUGGACAGACAUUCCAGAUAUAUAAACCCCAUUUGAAUAGACCUCACAACCUCUGAGGAUGCCUGCCAUAGAUGCGGGCGAAACUUCAGGAGAAAACGCUUCCGGAACAUGGCCAUACAGCCUGGAAAACUCACAGCAACCCAUUGAUUCCGGCCAUGAAACCUUCAACAACAUCUAUGAAAGGCAGCAACUCGGGUUGGAAGAGCUUUUAACGUGGAGAAUCUGAGCGUUUGAAUCAAGCGGAGAACAAACUCGGACCAAAGCCUGGAGAAGUGAGCCGGGGUGGAGAGGAUCCCCGCGGCUGGAGCGCGGCUCUCCUCUCUCGGCCUUCGCUCCUCCGGGGCCUGGAGGCGGGUCCGAGGCGUGUUUGAGGCGGGCUAAGCCCCGCCAGUGGGCGGAGCCCUCCCUCCGGAGGCCCAGGCGGUGUGUCGGGAAGCCGCGCUCCGUUCUUCCCAUGCCCGCGAGCGCCGCUUUGACGGGCAGAGGACGAUUUGCGUGGCCGAGAAAGAAGCAGCCCAAGGCGGGGAGGCGACGGAGCCGGGCGUUUGCCGCCAAGCGGGGAGGGCGGGAAAAUCCAGGGUCCUGAAAGAGGACCAAAGUUGGGAGGCGCGAGGCGGGAAGGAGGGGGCUGGAUCCACUCCCACGACAGCCGCCUCGCUUUGCUGUGACUCUGGCCAACAGCCUGCCUGCCCAAAGUCCCACGGAAAGGCAGAGAGAGCGUGAUUAGCCCGCCUCCAAGCUGGCCUGCUUGCCUCCGCUUCCCUCUCCGCCGGGAUUCAGGGCGAGCAGGAGGGGGAAAGCCCGGCCCCGGCCCUCUCCACUCCCCUGAGCGAGGCGAUGAUGGAGCUUCUUGCUCUGUAGCGCGGCUGCCUCGGCUCCGGCUCCGGUGGGGGACUCUCUUGCCGGCGCAUUGUUCCCAGCCCCGCAGCGGCGGCGGCGGCAGCUCCCCCUUCCUUUCCCUUCCCUUCCCCUCCCCUUCUCCAUCUUCCUUCCUUUGACUUCUUCUUGCCGUCGCCUCCUCGUCUUCCCUCCUCUCCCCCCUUCCAUCUCCCAGGGAGGGAGGAGAAGAGAGAGAGAAGGAGCCGAGCAUCAGCCAGAGAUGCUGGAAGAGCAGCAGCUCCCUUGAUCUUCUCCUGGGCGGUGGCGGCGUCCACAGGAACAACGCGAGGCCACUUUCCCCGCUCGCCUGCUUUCAUCCUCGUCCGGCUCUGGGUCCUGCCGGCUUCAGGAGCCCACGAAGGCGGAGGGAAGGCAGAAGAAGCGGGCUUUUGGGGCGUCGGCAGAAGCAACAACAAAGAAGCGCCUCUCCCUCCGCCUUCCGUCCUUCCUUCCCUCUUCCUUCGGCUCCCUUCUCGUUAGGGCCAGACAUGGAAGAUGGGUCUUCCUCUUCUUCUUCUUCGGCCAGCUGCUUUCGGCGCUUCACCCAGUGUUUCUUAAGCACAAGUUUGACAGAUGAAAAAGUGAAGGCCUAUCUUUCUCUUCACCCCCAGGUACUGGAUGAAUUUGUAUCAGAAAGUGUCAGUUCAGAAACAGUGGAAAAAUGGUUAAGAAGGAAAAACCACAUAGAUGAAGAUGUUUCAACUCCCAAACACGUUAACAGAUACCAGAAUUCUGAUAUGCAAGGAGUGGUAUAUGAACUGAACAGUUAUAUAGAGCAACGGUUGGAUAUAGGAGUGAACAAUCAACUGCUAUUAUACGAAUUGAGUGGUGUCAUUCGAAUGGCUAUAAAUGCUGAUGGAUUUGCACUGUAUUUCCUAGCUGACUGCAAUAAUAGUCUUUGUGUGUUCACACCACCCGGAAUCAAGGAUGGGCAACCACAGCUUAUUCCUGUAGGGCCUAUUCAGCAAGGCACCACAGUAUCUGCUUAUGUAGCCAAGUCUAGGGAAACAUUAUUAGUAGAAGAUAUUUUAGGGGAUGAACGUUUUCCCAAAGGUACUGGACUGGAAUCAGGGACACGUAUCAAAUCUGUGCUUUGUUUGCCCAUUGUUAAUGCAAUUGGUGACUUGAUUGGCAUCCUGGAGCUUUAUCGGUACUGGGGCAAUGAGACUUUCCAUCUUAGUCACCAAGAGGUUGCAACAGCAAAUCUUGCAUGGGCCUCAGUAGCAAUACAUCAGGUGGAGUUUUUACAAUAUCUCAAUCAGGUAUCCAGGGGUCUUGCCAAACAGACUGAACUGAAUGACUUUCUGCUUGAUGUAUCAAAAACAUAUUUUGAUAACAUAGUUGCAAUAGAUUCUCUACUUGAACAUAUCAUGAUAUAUGCAAAAAACCUGGUGAAUGCAGAUCGCUGUGCACUCUUCCAGGUAGAUGAGAAGAACAAUGAAUUAUAUUCAGAUCUGUUUGAUAUUGGGGAGGAACAAGAAGGGAAACCUGUUUUCAAGAAGACCAAAGAAAUAAGGUUUUCUAUUGAAAAAGGAAUAGCUGGUCAGGUGGCAAGAACAGGGGAAGUCCUCAAUAUUCCUGAUGCCUAUGCUGAUCCACGUUUUAACAGAGAAGUAGAUCUCUACACAGGAUACACCACGAGGAACAUUUUAUGCAUGCCUAUUGUGAGCCGAGGAAGUGUAAUAGGUGUUGUGCAGAUGGUGAACAAACUCAGUGGAAGUGCCUUCUCUAAAACUGAUGAGAACAACUUUAAAAUGUUUGCAGUCUUUUGUGCUUUAGCCUUACACUGUGCUAACAUGUACCACAGAAUUCGCCAUUCAGAGUGUAUUUAUCGUGUAACUAUGGAGAAGCUUUCUUACCAUAGUGUAUGUACUGAGGAAGAAUGGCAAAACCUCAUGGACUGUAAACUCCCACCACACCUCUGCAAAGAAAUUGAACUAUACCACUUUGACAUCAGUCCUUAUGAAGAUUUUUGGCCAGCCAUUUUUAUUCAUAUGAUCCAUCAGUGUUGUGGAAUAGGCUGGAGGAUCAGCAGGGAAGACACUCAGGACAAAGAAGAAUGCAGUGCUAUGCUGUCAGCAUUGAGCCUUUAUGUGGAGUCUGAUGUUGUGGAGGAAGGUUUUGAUCUAGAAAAACUAUGUCGUUUCACGAUGUCUGUAAAGAAGAACUACCGCCGUGUACCCUAUCAUAACUGGAAACAUGCAAUUACAGUGGUACAUUGUAUGUAUGCCAUUCUUCAGAAUAACCACACGGUUUUCACAGAUCUAGAACGAAGAGGUCUUCUGGUUGCAUGUUUAUGUCAUGACCUGGAUCACAGAGGUUAUAGCAAUAGCUAUCUUCAGAAGUUUGACCAUCCAUUGGCAGCUCUUUAUUCCACCUCAACCAUGGAACAGCACCACUUUUCACAAACAGUGUCUAUCUUGCAGCUGGAAGGCCACAAUAUUUUCUCUAAUUUGAGCUCCAGUGAUUAUGAGCAAGUCCUGGAAAUCAUCCGCAAAGCCAUUAUAGCUACUGACCUUGCUCUGUACUUUGGAAACCGGAAGCAAUUAGAAGAGCUUCAUCAGGGAAGAACACUAAAUUUUAAAAACCAGGCACAUAGGGAUCGUGUAAUUGGAUUGAUGAUGACAGCAUGUGACUUGUGUUCUGUUACAAAAUUGUGGCAUGUGACCAGAUUGACUGCUAGUGAUAUAUAUGCGGAAUUUUGGGCUGAGGGUGAUGAAAUGAAGAAGUUGGGUAUUCAACCUAUUCCUAUGAUGGACAGAGAUAAAAAGGAUGAAGUUCCUCAGGGCCAAAUCGGAUUCUACAAUGCUGUAGCUUUGCCAUGUUAUACUACGCUUGCACAGAUUCUCCCUCCCACAGCACCACUACUUCGAGCAUGCAAGGAAAAUCUCAAACAAUGGGAAAAAGUGAUACGUGGAGAAGAAGCUUAUGGAUGGAUACCUACCCAGUCAAACAGCACUGGCUCAGAUUCACUUCCUGUGAAGAUUGAUGACUGAUAAACAUUUCAAGAAUUAUUUAAGUCCCCUCCUCCUUUUUUUGCUUUUUAAAUCAUAAACACUCGAAUUAACAAGUGAGAAGAUUUAGUAGAAUCCUUCAGUGAUACAGUAUGAAAAAAGAGACUGAGUGACAAUUCAGCCAUUUCAAAUCAGCUAUGGAAGCAAAUCUUUAGCUUGUAAAUAUUAAAAGACUUGCUUAUUACUUAUGGGCUACUUACUGAGGCCUUAAUUUAAAAAGUGGAAAAAGCAGAACUUAAAGGUUGCUUUUAAACUUCAUCUUCUACCGGGAGCAGGGUUCAAUGGUACUUUUUCUACACCAUACUGUUACCAGUUUAAUUUACAGAGUUCUUGGCUAGAAAGAGGAGAUUAUUCCAUUGCUAUUGUAAAUGUUUUUGUUAAAUCUUUGUCUAGUAAUUUAGAACUUCAGAAGAAAUUAUCUGGAAAUGAAACUAUAAUUGAGUUUACAGUACUUGAAUUUAUCUUGCUGCAUAUGGAGAGUUAAACUUUCAAAUAGAGUGCUCCAAAAUGAUUUUAUAAACAUCACAGGACAACUGCUUUAUUCAACAUGUUAAAUAUUGGGAAAUAUAUAAUAUGUGGUUUCUAAAAGUGAUUUUAGGUACUAAGUGUGUCCAUUUCUACACUGGAAGUAAUAGAACAUUUACCUCUGAUAAGAAAUUUUAAGUAUUCCAUCAGUAGAUGAAGGCCUUCCUGCUGACAUUAAUAAGGGUAAUGGAUUGAAUUUCAAAGCCUUGCUCUAAAGAUCUAGCAGUGGAAAAACAAAUCAACUUAUAUUUUGGGAAAUCUUAGAGAGACAGGCCUUAAAUCCCAUAAAAAGAGGACAUUCAAAAUAAUGCCAUAAUCACUAGAAUAUAAUGGUAUCUUCACAAUAAAUGAAAUUGCGAUUA